CAUCCGGGACUCAUCAACCGUACAACGCGCGUUACCUCCUCCACUCCAUAGAUUUUCUCAAAUCCGCUUUCGAUCUCCACCAUCAUGUUUAGUCAAGCGGCUACAACAGGCGGCCUCUUCGGAUCGCAAGCACAAUCGCAGCCACACAACCCCAUGAAAGACUUCGAGGUGACACAACCGCCAGACGACAGCAUCAGCUCCGUACGAUUCAGUCCCAAGGCCAACUUUCUCGUCGCAACGUCGUGGGACAAUAACAUUCGAUGUUGGGAGAUACAAGACUCUGGUCAGUCGGUGCCGAAGGCUCAGCAGUCUCAUGCGGCUCCUGUGCUUGAUUGCUGCUGGCAUUCGGAUGGUACGAAGGUGUUUACAGCAUCGUGUGAUAAGACGACUAAGAUGUGGGAUUUGAGUAGCAAUCAGGCUAUUGCUGUUGCUCAGCAUGAUGCUCCUAUCAAGACGUGUCACUGGAUUCAAGGCUCGUCCUACAGCUGCCUGAUGACUGGCAGUUGGGAUAAAACACUCAAGUUUUGGGAUACAAGAACACCGAAUCCUGUGAUGACGUUUCAACUACCCGAACGUUGCUAUUGUGCCGAUGUGGACUUUCCGAUGGCAGUCGUUGGCACUGCAAAUAGGCAAGUGAUUAUUUAUCAAUUGGAUAACCAACCAGCAGAAUUCAAGAAAAUGGAAUCUCCAUUAAAAUUCCAACAUCGUUGUGUGUCCAUCUUUAAAGACAAAAAGAAUCAACCAACCGGAUUUGCUCUCGGCUCUAUUGAAGGACGAACUGCUGUCCACUAUGUGAAUCCAGUCAAUCCGAAAGAUAAUUUCACUUUCAAGUGCCAUAGAAGUGACACAACAGGAUCAGUGCAAGACAUUUAUGCUGUAAAUGACAUUGCCUUUCAUCCUCAGUAUGGAACAUUAGCUACAGUUGGAUCAGAUGGCAAAUUCAGUUUCUGGGAUAAAGAUCAGAGGACAAAACUGAAGACUAGCGAUGCCCUACAUCUACCAAUAGUAUCUUGUGGAUUCAACUACAACGGUGAGGUGUUUGUAUAUGCAGCAAGUUACGACUGGUCUAAGGGUCACGAACAUUUCGAUCCUUCAAAGAAAAAUGUCAUUCUCCUUCGUCCUGCAAGUGAAGACUUGAAGCCUCGAAAGAAAAGAUAGACAAUCGUGUAAGCAUUCUGUGCUGUACGUAACUUGACUGUUUAUUGGCAUGCAAUUUGAGUUAUUGGACAUCAGUGGAGACUCUAGACAAGGCAUGGCUGGUUUUACUGUAUGUAUCAUAUUGUAUGGCUUUGGCAUUCUGUUUGCUAUGGAA